AUGGGACCCCCUGUUCCAGCUACGGGCCUGCAGGCUCUCAUUCUCUGCGGGCCCGGUGUCUCCCUCAACACCUUCACGUCAAACCCGGAGGAGAACCCCAAAGGUUUGGUUCAGAUAGCCAACCGGCCACAGAUCUUUUAUCCUAUUGAAUGGUGCAAGAAAAUGGGAAUCACUUCUAUCACAUUGAUCUCACCCCCAACCGCCGUUCCAGCCCUCGAGGCAGCGCUCUCCCAAAAUCCGCAUCUCACCAGCCUACCGUCCCCGUCGCCAUCAGUCCUGGCACCUGCCGACCUAGACAUGGUUACGGGCACUGCGGAGCUUCUUCGCCUUCCAGAAGUUCAGGCGUGCAUCAAAUCCGACUUUCUUCUUCUUCCGUGUGAUCUCAUUUGCGAGAUCCCUGGUAUCUCUUUCUUGGAGACCUGGAUGGUUGAAGGGCGCCGUGGCGGUCUUAGUGUUUUCUACCCGACACAAGGCCGGGAGGAGAGCAUUAAGAAGGAGGCUACCGAUUUUGUGUGUAUGGCGCCGCUGGAAGGAGACGAGAUUGACAAUCGAUCUGAACGCGGCCUUUCAAAACUGGUUCUCUCAAUGCCAAUGGAUACACUAAAGGAAAAAAUGGAGGAAGACAAGGCAUUGCUGAUCCGUCACUCAUUGGUGAAGAGGCAUGCUCAGGUCAAGAUGCUGACCAGCUAUCGCGACGCUCACAUCUAUGUCUUCCCGUACUGGGUCAAGGACUUUGCACGGCUCAAUGAGAGGUUUCAAAGCGUCAGCGAAGACUUGGUGGGAUGGUGGGCUAAGUCGGAGUGGCAAAUGGGGUUGGGCGAGAAGUUGAAAAUGAACGAGAUCUUCCAGCAAGAGAGCCACAGUUCUGCAGCCGGAGAAAAUGGCAGUGACGACGGCGACAUCGAACAAGAAAUAUCACUCACCAACAUGUCUACGACGAAAACCGGCACCACGGAUAUAUCCUCGGAGAACCCAAUCUCUUAUGCAUCUCGUGUCAACGCUCCGGGCUCGGAUGCUAAGAGCGAAUUGACCGUCCCACCCAUGUUGGCCUACACCCAUUCAUCUUUAUCGUCUGCUCCAUUGGUCCGGCGCGUCGACAGCUCGGCGGUCCUUCUGUCUACGUCUCUUCGCCUAGCCAAACUCGAGUCUAUCGAAGAGGUCGGCCGUGCCGCCGCCUCGCCUUUUGCCUUCAACACUAAAAUCGCUGAGACGGCAAACGUUGCGCAAAAGAGCACGGUUACGAAGAGCGACUGCCUCGUCGGCGAGAACACCACUAUCGAAGAGCGCUGCGUUAUUAAGGAAAGCGUGAUCGGAGCGAACUGCAAGAUCUCCAUGGGCGCUCGCCUGCAGCGGUGUGUUUUGAUGGACGGGGCUGUCGUUGGGCCUCGAGCCCAAUUAACGGGCUGUGUGUUGGGUAAACGCAGCAAUGUCGGCCGCGAGUGCGUCCUUAAAGAUUCGGAGGUACAGCAUGGGAACUCCAUCCCUGAUGAGACCGAAGCCAAGAACGAGAAGUUCAUGAUUUUCGAGGGUAUGGAUGAGGAUGGCAUGGAUGUUUCGGGGGGUUUUGAUGACGACCAGGACCUUGGAUUCUAG